AUGGAGUCGCUAGCCAGAAGGCGGUGCCUCGCCUGGCUCCUCCACGCCAGUGAAACCGCAUCUGUUGCUUCCAGACUUCCCUCUACACCUCCCCUGAACCGGCUGAUACGCGUUAUUAGCAGCUCCAUUAACGCCCCCUGCUUCAAUUCCUUCAACAAGAGACACAUCCUCGAUAUUGCCAAGACCUCCAAAGCUUUCGAGAAUGCCAGGUUGCUGUCGGUAGCGUCGCACUCGCCAACUGGUUCUGCAGCGGCAGCAGUGGGUACCGACGGUCAUACUGGUGACACGGGCAAGGGGGGUGUGAGGGGCCUUCACUUUUCUUCCCCGCAUGUCAGGGUGUUUCAUGCCUCUGCGCCGGCAGCAGUGCUCACAGGCGGAGCAACUGGAGGUGACACGGGCAAGGCGGGUGUGAGGGGGCCGCAGCCCCUUCAGGGCUCAAGCGAGCAUGCAGGGGAGGCAGGGCGAUCCAAGCUGGUGGAGGCGUUUCAGAUUCAAGCAGCAUCAGACCCUAUGCGUGGCUUCAUGGUGGCGCUGCGUAAGUCAGAGCUCGGUUUUGAGACAGGCCUCGCGCUCAGGGACCUGCGGGUGGUCAUCUCCGCCCUUCAAAACCAGAUCCCCACUAUCCUCAUCCGUCCGCGGGCCAUAGUGGUGAGUCUGGCGCACGUGAGAGCCGUCAUCACAGCCAACCGCGCUUACAUCCUCAACACCUCCUCGCCCCGCGUGCGCCAGCGCCUCAUCCCCACCCUCCUGCGCCGCCUCUCCGCCUCCCAUGCUGCCGCCGCCGCUGCUGGUGGUGCUGGUGGUGCUGGUGGCGGUGGUGGUGGUGGUGGGGAUGCUGGGUGUGAUUCUUGCUCUCCGUCCUCCCGUCCUCCCUCCUCUUCCACAGCUUCGUUUUCGGGGUCGGAUUCGUUUUUCUCUGGAGCUGUGUCGGUGUUUUCGGAUUGUGGGGGUGAACCUCAAGGGAGAGAGGUGCGUGGAUCGGAGGGAGGAAGGGAGCAAGGAGGGAGUGAGCAGAAGCCGUUGGGGCGGCAGGAGCAGCAGCAGGGGAAGCAGGAGCGAGAGGAAGGGCGGCAGCAGGAGCUGGAGCAGGGGCAGGGGCGGGGGGAGGAGCAGGGGCAGGGGCGGGGGGAGGAGCAGGGGCAGGGGCAAGGGCAGGGGCGAGAGCAGUGGGGUUCUGAUGUGUGGGGUGAUGGAAAAGGCAGGUGUAGGGAGAGUGGGAGGCAGGUGACAGGAGUGUGUGGGAGAGGAGAGGAUGAUUAUGGAACGAGGGGGCAUGGAGAGAGAAGGGAGGAAAUUUUCUUGGAAGAGGAGAGGGAGGAGAGGAGAGGGGGUGAUAAAAGGGAUGAUGGGACGGAUGGUGGGAGGGAUGAUAAGCGAGAGGAGGAGUGGUGUCAGGGGUGGCAGGAGGAGGUAUCAGAGAGGAGGAGAGAGGAGUGGAGAGCUAGAAAACAGAGGGAGGAGGAGAGGAGGAGGAACAAACGAUGGCUUGAGGAUUUGGAGAAGGAGAGCAAGGGAAGGUUCAGUGAAGCUUCGCAUGGAGAGGAGGAGGAAGGGGAGGGGGCGCGGGAGCACGGGGAUGGGCAUUUGAUAGGGAGCGACGGGCAGUGGGAGCGAUACGGUGAGGUGCUGCUGCUGGAAUUGACUUCAAAGGAUGGCGUACCUUUAAUGUCCGUUCAGCCUGGUCAGUCAGAUCGGCCAAGCCACUCCGUAAAACCAGACCUGUCCAGUCAGAAGACACAUAGGGGGGUGGUGGUGCGAAAUGGGACGGAGGGACAAGGGGUGAGAAGGGAGCAGGCGAAAUGGAAGGGGGGGGGUGAGGGGGGUUGGGUGGAGAGCAAAGAGGCAGUUGGGAGCGGUGGAGAGGCGAGUGGAAGGGGUGUUGGAGAAAAAGCCUUACUAGACGAGGUGGGGGUAACCUUAAAGGUCAAGUACGCAUCCAUAUUCCCGGGCGUGUACCAGGGCCUGAGGGCGUUUGCCGGGGGGCGAGUGCCGUAUGAGCGAGCCAUGGCGGAGCAAGAGGCGUUUCUGAGGGCGAAGAACGAGCUGCUGAGGCUGGAGAGGAGCGCAAAUCAGAUCUGCAACGCCGUUCGUGAGGUUCUUUCCAAUGAUGAGGACAUGGCGGAAAUGUACCUGUCUAGAAAAGCCUCUCUUACCCCUGGUGCAGCAAAUAGUGCCGAGCACAGCGAGGUGGAGGAGCUGUUGGAGGACCACCUGAGGCGCAUGGAGGAGGUGGACAUGGCAGAGAUGUAUUUGUCUAGGAAAUCCGCGCUCCCCCCGGGAACUAUCAACAGUGUGGAGCACAGCGAGGUGGAGGAGUUGUUGGAGGAUCACCUGAGGCGCAUGGAGGAGGUGGACAUGGCAGAGAUGUACCUGUCGCGGAAAUCAGCGCUACCGCCCGGUACUACUAACAGUGCGGAGCACAGCGAGGUGGAGGAGCUGCUGGAGGAUCACCUGUGGCGCAUGGAGGAGGUGAUGUACCUGUCAAGGAAAGGUGCGCUCCCCCCUGGGACUGCGAACAGUGCGGAGCACAGCGAGGUGGAGGAGCUGUUGGAGGACCACCUGAGGCGCAUGGAGGAGGUGGUGGGGGAGGCGGAGCAGCUGCUGUCCAUGUCCGAUGCCACCUCGGAGUACCUCAGAACAGCACUGGACAGGUGGGUUAUUGAUGAUAAUGGGGUGAGUGGCGAUAGAGGAGUGAGAGUGGUGUGGGUGGCACUGGUAGAGGAAGAGGCGGAGCAGCUGCUGUCCAUGUCCGAUGCCACGUCGGAGUACCUCCGAACCGCUCUGGACAGGUGGGUGAGGGACGAUAGGGGAGUGAGUGAUAGGUGGGACUGCACUGGACAGGUGGGUUAUGAUGAUAAUGGAGGGAGUUAUGAUGAUAAUGGAGGGGGUUAUGAUGAUAAUGGAGGGGGUUAUGAUGACAAUGGAGGGGGUUAUGAUGAUAAUGGAGGGGGUUAUGAUGAUAAUGGAGGGGGUUAUGAUGAUAAUGGAGUGAAUGACAAACGUUUAGUGCGAGUGGCGUUGGGGGUAAAGGUAGAGGAAGAGGCGGAGCAGCUGCUGUCCAUGUCCGAUGCCACGUCGGAGUACCUCCGAACCGCACUGGACAGGUGGGUGAGAGUGGCGGUAGGAAGUGAUGGUGGGGGAUUGAGAAUGCCGUUGUUGGCACAGAUAGAGGAAGAGGCCAAGAGCAACUGCUGUCCAUCUUCUUCUUGUGUUUGA